GUGCUGCCCGCCGCCACCAUGACCGAGGGCGCGCUGGCGGCCGACGAGGUCCAAGUGGCCCUGGGCGCGCCGGCCCCCGGCCCUGCAGCGGCGGCGGCGGGGGCGGCCCCGGAGAGCCCUGGGGCGCCGGGGCGAGCGACGGAGCAGGGGUCCGGGCCCAGCGCGUCGCUCCCCGAGAGCCCGGCGGCCGAGCGCGGCGCGGAGCUGGGCGCCGACGAGGAGCAGCCCGUCCCGUACCCGGCGCUGGCGGCCACCGUCUUCUUCUGCCUCGGGCAGACCACGCGGCCGCGCAGCUGGUGUCUCCGGCUGGUCUGUAACCCGUGGUUCGAGCACGUCAGCAUGCUGGUCAUCAUGCUCAACUGCGUGACCCUGGGCAUGUUCCGGCCCUGCGAGGACCUGGAGUGCCGCUCCGAGCGCUGCAGCACCCUGGAGGCCUUCGACGCCUUCAUCUUCGCCUUCUUCGCGGUGGAGAUGGUCAUCAAGAUGACCGCCCUGGGACUGUUCGGGCAGAGGUGCUACCUGGGCGACACGUGGAACAGACUGGACUUCUUCAUCGUUGUGGCGGGCAUGAUGGAGUACUCUCUGGACGGACACAACGUCAGCCUGUCAGCCAUCCGGACAGUGCGCGUGCUGCGGCCCCUCCGCGCCAUCAACCGUGUGCCCAGCAUGCGCAUCCUGGUAACCCUGCUGCUGGACACGCUGCCCAUGCUGGGGAACGUCCUUCUGCUCUGCUUCUUCGUCUUCUUCAUCUUCGGCAUUGUGGGCGUCCAGCUCUGGGCCGGCCUGCUGCGCAACCGCUGCUUCCUGGACAGCGCCUUCGUCAGGAACAACAACCUCAGCUUCCUGCGGCCGUACUACCAGACGGAAGCAGGCGAGGAGAACCCCUUCAUCUGCUCGGCGCGCCGGGACAACGGCAUGCAGAAGUGCUCGCACAUCCCCAGCCGCCGCGAGCUCCGCGUGGAGUGCACGCUGGGCUGGGAGGCCCUCGGGCAGCCGCAGGCCGAGGGCGCGGGCGGCAGCCGCAACGCCUGCAUCAACUGGAACCAGUACUACAACGUGUGCCGCGCCGGCGGCUCCAACCCGCACAACGGCGCCAUCAACUUCGACAACAUCGGCUACGCCUGGAUUGCCAUCUUCCAGGUGAUCACGCUGGAGGGCUGGGUGGACAUCAUGUACUACGUCAUGGACGCGCACUCCUUCUACAACUUCAUCUACUUCAUCUUGCUCAUCAUCGUGGGCUCCUUCUUCAUGAUCAACCUGUGCCUGGUGGUGAUCGCCACGCAGUUCUCCGAGACGAAGCAGCGGGAGAGCCGGCUCAUGAGGGAGCAGCGCGCCCGCUGCCUGUCCGACGCCAGCACCCUGGCCAGCUUCUCAGAGCCAGGCAGCUGCUACGAGGAGCUGCUCAAGUACGUGGGUCACAUCUGCCGCAAGGCCAAGCGGCGUGCUCUGCGCCUCUAUGCACGCUGGCAGAGCCGCUGGUGCAAGAAGGUGGACCCCAGCAGCACCCUGCACGGCCAGGGGCCUGGGCGGCGGCCACAGCGGGCAGGACGGCGGGCAGCAGCCUCUGUCCACCACCUGGUGUACCACCACCACCACCACCACCACCACCACUACCACUUCAGCCAUGGCAGCCCACGCCGGCCUGGCCCCGAGCCGGGCGCUGGGGACAACAGACUGGUGCGGGCCGGAGCGCUGCCCUCGCCACCCCUGCCAGGACGUAGGCCACCUGACACUGAGUCUGUGCACAGCGUGUACCAUGCAGACUGCCAUGUGGAGGGGCCACAGGAGAGGGCCCGGGUGGCACAUGCCGCGGCCACCACCGCUGCUGGCCUGAAGCUGGCCACAGGUCUGGGUGCCAUGAACUACCCCACCAUCCUGCCCUCGGCAGUGGGCGUUAGCAAAGACAGCACCAGCCCUGGGCCCAAGAGGAAGUGGGCCAGUGGGCCGGUGGGCACUGGGGGGCACAGUCCCCUGAGCCUGAGCAGCCCCAACCCCUGUGAGAAGAUCCAGCACUUGGUGGGAGAACAUGGACUGGGCCGGGCACCCAGCCGCCUGUCGGGCCUGAGCGUGCCCUGCCCCCUGCCCAGCCCCCAGGCGGGCACUCUGACCUGUGAGCUGAGGAACUGCCCGUACUGUGCCAGUGCCUUGGAGGACCCUAAGUUUGAGCUCAGUGACUCAGAGAGUGGGGACUCAGAUGGCCAUGCCGUCUACGAGUUCACACGGGACGUGCAACACGGAGACCACCGCGACCCCGCGCAGCCGCUGCCCGCAGCAGACAUGCCAGGCCGGGCUGGUGCGAGGCGGCAGGCGCGGCGGCAGGCAGCCUCGGGCGAGCGGAGCGGGCUGGUCCACGUCUGGACCACCGUCAGCGGAGAGCUGCGCCGGGUCGUGGGCAGCAAGUACUUUAGCCGCGGCAUCAUGGUGGCCAUCCUGACCAACACACUGAGCAUGGGUGUCGAGCACCACGAGCAGCCUGAUGGGCUGACGAACGCCCUGGAGGUCAGCAACAUCGUGUUCACCAGCGUGUUCUCCCUGGAGAUGCUGCUCAAGCUGCUGGCCUGCGGCCCGCUGGGCUACGUCCGCAGCCCUUACAACAUCUUUGACGGCGUCAUCGUGGUCAUCAGGAUCAGGACAGGUGCAGGGACCCGUAGCCAGAGAGCAGACUCUGACUCAGCCCCGGCCCGCAGCGUCUGGGAGAUCAUCGGGCAGGCGGACGGCGGCCUGUCGGUGCUGCGGACCUUCCGGCUGCUGCGGGUGCUGAAGUUGGUGCGCUUCAUGCCUGCGCUGCGGCGCCAGCUCGUGGUGCUCGUGAAGACAAUGGACAAUGUGGCCACCUUCUGCAUGCUGCUCAUGCUCUUUAUCUUCAUCUUCAGCCUGCCUCCUGCCAUCAGCAUCCUGGGCAUGCACCUCUUUGGCUGCAAGUUCAGCCUGAAGACUGACACCGGAGACACAGUCCCUGACAGGAAGAACUUUGAUUCUCUGUUGUGGGCCAUUGUCACUGUAUUCCAGAUCCUCACCCAGGAGGACUGGAAUGUUGUCCUCUACAACGGCAUGGCCUCUACCUCCUCCUGGGCCGCCCUCUACUUCGUGGCCCUGAUGACCUUCGGCAACUAUGUGCUGUUCAACCUGCUGGUGGCCAUCCUGGUGGAGGGCUUCCAGGCGGAGGGUGAUGCCAACAGAUCAGACUCCGACGAAGACAAGACGUCCACCCGCCUGGAGGAGGACUUUGACAAGUGCAGAGACCUGCAGGCCACAGAUGCGUGUUCAGAGAUGAAGAUGUGCUCACUGGCUGUGACCCCCAACGGGCACCUGGAAGGCCAAGGCAGCCUGCCCCCGCCCCUCAUCAUGCAUACGGCGGCCACGCCCAUGCCCACACCCAAGAGCUCCCCACACCUCGACUCAGCCCAGGGCCUCCUGGACUCACGUCCUGGCAGCGGCAGCUCUGCGGACCCCCAGCUGGGAGACCAGAAGUCUCUGUCCAGCCUCCGCAGCUCGCCCUGUGCCCACUGGGGCCCCAACAGCGCCUGGAGCAGCCGGCGCUCCAGCUGGAACAGCGUGGGCCGCGCGCCCAGCCUCAAGCGCCGCAGCCAGUGCGGAGAGCGGGAGUCCCUGCUGUCUGGUGAGGGGAAGGGCAGCACAGACGAGGAGGCAGAGGACGGCAGGCCCCGGGCAGGGCGCGCCGAGUCCCUGGACCACCGCAGCACGCUGGACCUGCGGCCCCCUCGACCGGCCGCCCUGGUGCCUGCCAAGCUCCACAACUGCAACGGACAAGUGCUGGCCCUGCCCAGCGAGUUCUUCCUGCGGAUCGACAGCCACAGGGACACAGCUGAGUUCGAUGACGACGUGGAGGACAGCUGCUGUUCACGCCUGCACAAGGUGCUGGAGCCCUACAAGCCAGAAUGGUGUCAGAGGCGAGAGCCCUGGGCGCUGUACCUCUUCUCCCCGCAGAACAGGUUCCGCGUCUCCUGCCAUAAGAUCAUUGCACACAAGAUGUUUGAUCACGUCGUCCUGGUCUUCAUUUUCCUGAACUGCAUCACCAUCGCCCUGGAGCGGCCCGACAUUGGCCCUGGCAGCACCGAGCGCGUCUUCCUCAGCGUCUCCAACUACAUCUUCACGGCGAUCUUUGUGGCCGAGAUGAUGGUGAAGGUGGUGGCCCUGGGCCUGGUCUCGGGGGAACACGCCUACCUGCAGAGCAGCUGGAACGUGCUGGACGGACUGCUGGUCCUGGUGUCCCUGGUCGACAUCGUCGUGGCCAUGGCCUCCGCAGGUGGUGCCAAGAUCCUGGGCAUACUGCGCGUGCUGCGCCUGCUGCGCACGCUCCGGCCGCUGAGGGUCAUCAGCCGCGCCCCGGGCCUCAAGCUGGUGGUGGAGACUCUGAUCUCGUCCCUCAGGCCCAUCGGAAACAUCGUCCUCAUUUGCUGCGCCUUCUUCGUCAUCUUCGGCAUCCUGGGUGUGCAGCUCUUCAAGGGCAAGUUCCACUACUGUGAGGGCGCCGACACCAGGAACAUCUCCACCAGGGCCGAGUGCCGGGCCGCGCACUACCGCUGGGUGCGGCGCAAGUACAACUUCGACAACCUGGGCCAGGCGCUGAUGUCUCUGUUCGUGCUGUCCUCUAAGGAUGGCUGGGUGAACAUCAUGUACGACGGGCUGGACGCCGUGGGCAUAGACCGGCAGCCCGAGCCCAACCACAACCCCUGGAUGCUGCUGUACUUCAUCUCCUUCCUGCUCAUCGUCAGCUUCUUUGUGCUCAACAUGUUCGUGGGCGUGGUGGUGGAGAACUUCCACAAGUGCCGGCAGCACCAGGAGGCGGAGGAGGCGCGGCGGCGCGAGGAGAAGCGGCUGCGGCGCCUGGAGCGCAAACGCAGGAGCACGUUCCCCAACCCAGAGGCCCAGCGCCGGCCCUACUACGCCGACUACUCGCCCCCCCGCCGCUCCAUCCACUCACUGUGCACCAGCCACUACCUUGACCUCUUCAUCACCUUCAUCAUCGGGGUCAACGUCAUCACCAUGUCCGUGGAGCACUACAACCAGCCCAAGUCGCUGGACGAGGCUCUCAAGUACUGCAACUACGUGUUCACCGUCGUCUUCGUCUUCGAGGCCGUGUUGAAGCUGGUGGCGUUUGGGAUCCGGAGAUUCUUCAAGGACAGGUGGAACCAGCUGGACCUGGCCAUCGUCCUGCUGUCCAUCAUGGGCAUCACGCUGGAGGAGAUCGAGGUGAACGCUGCCCUGCCUAUCAACCCCACCAUCAUACGCAUCAUGCGCGUGCUCCGCAUCGCUCGCGUGCUCAAGCUGCUGAAGAUGGCCACGGGCAUGCGCGCCUUACUGGACACGGUGGUUCAGGCGCUGCCCCAGGUAGGGAACCUCGGGCUCCUUUUCAUGCUCCUGUUUUUUAUCUAUGCUGCCCUGGGAGUGGAGCUCUUCGGGCGGCUGGAGUGCAGCGAGGACAACCCCUGCGAGGGCCUGAGCAGGCAUGCCACCUUCUCCAACUUUGGCAUGGCCUUCCUCACGCUGUUCCGCGUGUCCACGGGCGACAACUGGAACGGCAUCAUGAAGGACACGCUGCGCGAGUGCGCCCUGGAGGACAAGCACUGCCUCGGCUACCUGCCGGCCAUAUCGCCCCUGUACUUCGUCACCUUCGUGCUGGUGGCCCAGUUCGUGCUGGUCAACGUGGUGGUGGCCGUGCUCAUGAAGCACCUGGAGGAGACCAACAAGGAGGCCCGCGAGGACGCCGAACUGGACGCCGAGCUCGAGCUGGAGGCAGCCCAGGGGCCCCCCGCCCGCCCCGUUCCCUCGGCCCAGCAGAGCCCGGGCACCCCCGCUCCCCUGGUCGUGUGCAAGGCAUCUGUGUGCAGGGUGCUCUCACUGCCCAAUGACAGCUACAUGUUCCGGCCUGUGGCCCCGGCCUCAGCUCCUCAGCCCUGCCUGCCGCAGGAGGUGGAGAUGGACACCUACCUGGGCCCCGCAGCCCCCGACCCAGCUGCCUCCGAGCUCUCGCCGCCUGUGGACUCCUGCGCAACCCUCCAGGUCCCGAUAGCUGCAUCCACCCCAGCCAGGGGCAGCGACACCCUCCAUGCCCUGCCCCCUCGGGCUGCAGCCCACUCCCCCAGCCUCAGCCGGCUGCUCCGCAGACAGGAGGCCACGCAUGCCAACUCCCUGGAAGGGCACACUGACGGCCCUGGGGACAGUGGCCCGGACUGGGGGGAGCCCAGCGGGAAGACGCCUCCCCGGCAGGCAUCCCUGGGGACCUCCCCACGGCCCACCAGAGUCCUGACCCACAAGCACGCCUUUGGACAGCACUGUGUCUCCAGCCGGCCGCCAGGCCCGGGUGGGGAGGAGGCUGAGGCCCCAGACCCGGCAGACGAGGAGGUCAGCCACAUCACCAGCUCGGCCUCGCCUGCUGCCCACGGGGUGUCGGGCGCAGAGCCAGACCUGCGUGGCUUCUAUGGUGCCGACGCCCAGGGCUUCCUAGGUCGGCCGGGCUGGGCGGAUGAACAGAGGCAGCCCUCGGUGGAGCAGGGCGGAGGCUGCCCGGAAGCCGGGGAACGGAAGGCCCGGGCUUCAGAGGCGGAGCCAGCCCUGGGGGCACGCAGAAAGAAGAAGAUGAGCCCCCCCUGCAUCUCCAUAGACCCCCCCACAGAGGACGAGGGCGCAGCCCGGCCCCCUGUGGCUGAGGGCUGCAGCACCACGCUGCGGCGGAGAACCCCGUCCUGUGAGGCCCCACCACACAGGGAUGCCCCGGAGCUCGUGGACGCGGCAGGAGGGGACCCUGCGGCCAAGGGGGAGCGGCGGAGCCAGCCCCACUGCCGCACAGAGCACCUGACCGUCCCCAGCUAUGCAUUUGAGCCGCUGGACGUGGGGGGCCCCAGUGGGGACCUGUUCUUGGACAGCAGCCGUGGUGCAGCCCCAGAACCCAGAGCUUCCUCCUCAGAGGCCCGGGCACCUCCUGAAUCCCACAAAACGGAGUCUCCCAUGUCCUCUGGCAACCCCCUAGAGAAGGGGCAGGGCCUGCACCUCAAAGUCCCUCAGAGUCCCCCAGAGAAAGCAGGGUGCUCCCUAGCCACCCCCACCCCAGGGGACAGUGUAGAUGGCCCCGUGUAGCUCAGGGCACAAUGCCACGUAAGCUUUGCCACUGGGCUUGGGGUGUUCCCAGCAGGUGGUGGCCCCCGCAGGCCACGCGUGGACCCUGGUCUGGGUUCCCGACAGGCAGAGGGGCCCAGGCGGGCAUCAGCUUCUGAGAGGGAGGCAGCCUCCGGUUCUGAGCGGAGCAGCCCCCUGCCUGGGGCCUCUGUCCAGCGGGCCCAGGUUCGGGGGUCCCGCCAGGACAUGCAGGCGGCCCGGCCAGCUGCCCUGUAGGAGAGCGCUGCGUCUGCGGGGCAGGGAGCAGAACACAGCCAGGAGGGGGAAGGCAAGCUGUCUGACGGAGCCCGGCCUCACGUCGUCCACUUAGUCUAUAGGGAUCGCGCUCGGGGCCACCGUGCCCUAAGGGUGGCACCAAGGGCCCUGGCCACGCUUCACCACCACUCACAGUCUGAGUCCUUGUCCGUUUGUCUCCACCCCUCGUCACUGUCUCUGUCCCCCUCACACACACCACUCCCCAACAUUCUGUCCUGCUCGGGCAUUUCAGAAACCCACUGACUUGGUCUCUGGGGAGCAGCCCUGCCACCAGGGAGGGGGGCUGCGCAGUAACCCACGCUGCCCGGCCCGGGGCACAGGUGCAGCAGUUUCAGCCAACACCCCUUGUUUCAUUUCAUUUCUUAUAAAUUCAGGUUAAACGUUGCAAUAAUCUGAUGAAGAAAAUUCAGCCUCUCAAGAGAAGGGAAGGGGAAGUGGGCGGGCGGUGAGGGUCAUCGAGGCAACGUGGAAUAAAUACUAACUUAUUUAAGAACCAA